AUGCCCAGCGCUACGAGACCCAUCGUCCUUCAUCUCGGAGACCCCAUCGAGUACAAUCCCGACAUCUACAAGGAGUUGGAGCAAAUAGCGACUGUAAUCAGACCUCCAGUUGAAGAGAGACAGCGAGAGCCUUUUCUGCAGGCACUCCGAGAGAAGAAAUGGGGCGACUUCACGGCCAUCAUGAGGCCCUUUUGGAAUUCGGGCGGCGAGAUGGGUCGGUGGGAUAAAGAACUGAUUCCAUUGCUGCCUGCUUCGGUAAAAGUCUUCGCAUCUGCUGGGGCUGGAUUCGACUGGGCAGAUGUAGAUCUGCUGGCAGAAGCUGGUAUUCUUUACUGCAAUGGAGCAACGGCAUCGUCCGAAGCUGUCGCCGACAUGGCGCUUUACCACAUAAUCUCGGUAUUCCGAAAUAUGCAGUGGACUGCCACUGCUGGACGAAGUGGCGACCCCGCACAAUUUCUGGAUGCACACAGAAACAAUAGCGAGACAGCACGCAACCCAAAGGGCCACACUCUCGGCAUCGUAGGACUCGGCAAUAUUGGAUACCGCAUAGCGCAAAAGGCACACGCAGCCUUUGAUAUGAAGGUCGCAUAUGUUGACCCGUUACCGAAGCCCGCGGACCGAGAAGCUGCUGUCGGUGCAAAGCGAUACCCUGACCUCAAUGCAAUGCUGGCUGUCUCCGACUGCGUUGUGAUCUCAGCUCCUGGGGGCGCCGAAGGUGGCAAAGCUCUCAUGGAUGCGGCGCGCAUAGCUCAGAUGAAGCCGCAGUCACGCCUGGUAAACGUAGGACGUGGAAACUUGGUAGACGAGGAGGCGUUAGCGGAUGCGUUGGAGUCAGGUCAUCUCGUUGCUGCUGGCCUUGACGUGCACAACAACGAGCCACACGUGAAUCGACGCCUGCUUGCUACGAGGGACGUCAGCUUGACUUGCCAUACUGCGGGAGGCGCUGUUGAAACAAGGAUUGGAUUUGAGGAACUUGCGAUGAGGAAUGUGAUGCAGGUGAUCCUUGGCAAGGAGGCGUUUACUCCUGUCAACAAACAUUUCUUCAAAUGA